GGCAGUCCCCAUUUCGAGGUGUCAAACCGAUGCACAGCCACGCGCUCGGCGCUUAGAAAGAAGAUAAGCUGGCAAACCGCACCUCCAGGGCCCCCUUACGUUCGAGAUUGGGGGAAACAGAUACAACAUUGCCAGCAUUAUCCCAUUUCAGUUCACACCGUCUCAGGCUCGUUGGCGUUCGGCUCGGCCUUGGUGGCAACAUCUACGAAUGAUAAAACAUGUCUACGAAACUGUCUGCGAAGCGAUACACUGGAGACCAACACCAUCGCGACCUUAUCCAGAUGGAACAAGCAGCGGUGGAACAACAGAAACGCAACUUGGAAGCGGAGCGACGAGAGUUUCAGCAACAAGUGAAACAAAUACAGGAUCAGAUGGCUCAACAAAAGCGCGAAUUGAGCGCAGCACAAAUUACCCUCCAACGACAACAACAAGCACUGCAGAAUGAACAACUCGCACUCCAAUUUGCUCAACAGGAGCUUCAAAAUUCACAGCAUGAAGUGGAUCAACAGCGGAAAGAGAAUUAUGCAUUUAAGCAAGAACUGCUUCAACAGCACAGUACCCUUCUAAGGGCGAGGGAAGAUAUGGCACGGAAAGAGAAAGAACGUCGUUUAAGAAGAACUCCGUCCGAGGGCUUUCUGGAGGAUGCUUACCCCUCCCAUGGAACUAUCGACGUGCUCAAGCUUCUUGGCAAUGGGUCGUCUAGGAUUCGCAGGCAGGCGGCUAAGAGUUUGCUGGAGUGUACCAACUCUGGCGGUGACAGUGUUUCGCCCACCAUCGAAUAUGGAAUUCUUCAGACUCACUUCCUCCCGAUUAUCCCUCCUAUCAUCGCGGAGACUUCAUCAGCCGAUGUGAAGGAGUUCGCGCGUGCCCUUCUCAAAACUCCCUCAUUCGCCUUGGCACUCGUCGAGAAAGGUCAGAGUCAGCGGGUUGUCGCUCUUUUGAAGGAAGAUCAGCCUUAUGACUUAAGCGAAGCCGCGAAAAUAUGUCUAUCUAGCGUGCUGAGCCGCCGCGACACGUCCUCGCUGCCAUCCGGUAGAAUCAUCCGAAACGAGCUUGCCAUGGAGGUGGAACACAUUCAUUCCCCUGCUGGUCUGAGUUUGCUGCAAUCGACGGCGGAGGCCACGAUUAAAGACCUGUUGGAAGACAAGAACUAUGAUCUAGUUACGAAAUACAUGCUUCAUGAAGUUUCAGAGGUCCGGCAAGCUGUCGCCCCGUAUCUCAACUCCACAAUCACGGCGACUGGAUCACAUUCCGCCAGGCUAGUUGUACAGGGAUCGUUCCUUUCUCGAUUGUGUCAACGCUUCUUGCUCCCUAGAAAGUCGGGGCCUGAAAAUAGGGAAAAACUCCCAUCCGAUAUUCUCACUCUCACCACGACGUACCUGCCUCGCCUGUGCCGCCCUCUCUGCUCGACGGAUGUUCAGACAACGUCUCUCAUGGUCCAACUUAUAUUUUCCAACAAGCCAUCGCCAUCCUCCCAAGCGAUUACAGGGGCAGCCAUUGAAGCCACGGUCAAUGCAGCAUCUGCAAGCAAAGGUAUGGAGGUUCGACAGAGUCUCGUAGAUGCGGGUUUGCUCGAGGCCAUUGCUUUUGCCCUAUCGGAUUCGCCAGGGGGCACUGACGCCCCGGGUGGUUCUGUGUACAGCUUCAUCUGUCAAAUCAUACCGCUCGUGGGCGUUGUGGCGGCAGCCACGAAUCCUUCGCACGUAUCUUCCUUACUGAACCUCUUAAGGGUGGAAGACCCAGAUGCAAGCAAGGAUCUCAUAUCCUCACUCACUGAAUGCUUCCGCGUCACUAUUUUCUCGGAGGGCCAAGCCGCAUAUAACCUUGCCUCGCAAUUGGAGCCAAACCUUCUUGCGCCUUCCCCGGAAUGGGAGCCCAUACUUUCGUCUGUGCUCCCUCGCGCAUUUGAUCUCAGGUGGACAACAGACCCUGAAGGCGAUGGUUUUAAUUGGGAUACCCUUUUUGCCAUAGAGCUUCUGAAAAAUUCCUCUUCUAAGGAAGUGCGAAAGCGAGCAGGCAUUGCUCUACUGACGCGCUUCCGCGCUUCCCCGGGUGUGAUCAAUUGGGUUUGCAAGCGCGGUCAACAUCCUCAGAUAAUCGAGCUCUGCACCUCCCCUCAAUAUGACGAGGUAAAGCGAAUAGGUUGUGAACUUCUUAGAACCCCCGCGGUGGGAUCGCAUAUUUCUGUGUCCAAGGGUGACUUCACCGACUCUCGCUCUCUGAAAACUUCUGAAGUCUAUGGAAGUGCUGACUUAGUAUCGCUUGUUUCACACCCUGACAUGUCCGUGCGGAUUUCUUCCUAUGUGGCGCUUCUCGAUGCAGCGCGCGCGACAGAUAAUUGUCGUAUCCAGCUUGCCAAGGCGGGGCUAGCCUCCGCCCUCAACGACAUAACGCUAGUGCACUACAAAGGGGAGGAACAAUCGAUUCAGUUUACAUUGGAUAUGCUGGAUGAAUUAUUCUUCAUCUGGAUGGAAGGAAAUGGGCAUCUCAGAGAUGCAGAAGUCUUGGCGAACAUGCUUGCCGCCGAAGAAGAGAAAGUCGCCUCCAAGGCUUUUUAUCUCACUCGCCAAUCCUUCUCGGAGGACCUAGGCUCACGCCAACAUCUGAGGACGGCCAUACUGUCAAGGGUGUUAACGGUAGGGGUCGAGCCCUCUUCAUUCUUGGCGUACGCCGCGAUUUCCAUUGCCGAAUGCUAUGCUUUCGACUUGUUCAAGAUUCACGAGUUUGAGACGAUAUUCGGAUUGCUGCAACAUCCUGAGCCUCGUAUCAGAAACGCAAUGACUCUUUCCAUGGCCAAAGCCCUCCGUGACGAUCAACAACCCAAUAACGGCGAUGGAAAACUAUGCGAGCAUCUUGUCAGAGCUGGGUUCUUCGAAUUGGUGCUUGGUCUCCUCGAACACAAGGAUCCCACGAAAGAGAUAAUUGAUUUUACUGUGCGAAGUACAGGUUUGGAGCUCAUUGCUUUGGCCGUUGUACAGUAUGGUGGUCUGCGUGGGAUAUGGAGUCUUGUCGAGACCCAUCCUAAUGUCUCGGUUCGAGCCGCUGCCGCAAAGGCCAUCGAAAAGAUUUCCAACUCUGUCGCUGCAGAGGACAGGGCGUUGCUCGUGGGAGGGAAAGUGUCGACCUGGGGUGAUGAUGCAUCGGAAAAACAGUUCUAUCUGGUUUCUUCGGUUUGUCGCCUUGUAGGGGGCACUUCGCGCAUUGAAUCUCACAUCGAAAAUCUCUGCCGCACAUCCUUCCCCAAGAUUGCUUUACAAACAGCAGUAUCUGACGACUUGCCUCAGCUGGUUGUCCUACUGAAGUAAGUUGACUUCUGGGUAAUGCCUUCCCUUGGGACUGAUCCUUGCUAGCCAUACCAAUACCACGGUUUCGAGGUCGGCUACUACCGCCCUUGAUGCAAUUCUAUCUUCGGACCCCGCG